AUGGACCUCUUAAUUAGACACCUCAACACUAAACUCGAAAUCCUUUCUAAGACCGAAGUACGAUACUCCGGUAUUUUCUCAUCUUAUAACCAAGAUAAGCAAACUGUAACUUUUACCAAAGUCCUUUCUCAUGGUACAGAGAACCGAUUAGCCCCCAUUAAAAUACCCGCCUCACCCCAAGUCUAUGAAUACAUUGCCUUCAAAGUCGCCAACAUUGCCAAGAUUAGACCACCCAAUAAUUCCACCUGGAUUUGUAUCAAUUCAUCUACCUCAUCAUCUACUACUACUAAUAACACCUCUACUACUAAUACCACUCAUACUCAUCCUAAUACUACUUCAUCUACCCACUCCAAACCAUCCCACCCCAAACAAACUCAUUCUAAACCACCCCACUCUAAACCAUCACAUUCCAAGUCUUCUUCUACCUCUACCUCUGCAACUCCUAAUCCUAACUCCACCACCCCAUCUUCUUCACAUCUCAAUCUUAAUCCUCCCAACUCCACCACUACUUCUACUACUACUACUACUUCUUCUAACUCCACUACUACUACCCACCCCAACACACAUACCCAUACCACCUCAACUCAACCUAACUCCACCUCUACCCACCCUAACUCCACCACAACCCACCCUAACUCAAUACUAACCACUCAAUCUAAUACCUACUAUAUCAAAAACCCCUUCCAUCGAGCUAUCAAAGUCCCAGACGAAGAGUACGAUUUCACCAGUCCUAACUCACAACUCCAAAGACUUAAACCCCCUAAAAAACCAACUACCCCAUACAACCCCCAGACAUUUUUUGAUACUUUUAGAUAA